UCCUCCUCCUCCUCCUCCUCGUCUUCUUCCUCUGCGCUCACCUUUACGACAUCUUAAAUCUCCAGUCUCUCUCCCUCUUCCUUCUCCAACAUCAAUAAAACUCUAAUUCUCAAUUUCUCCCGCGUGCUCGUGACUCCUUCUUCCCUAUUUUGAGGAACAAUGAUUCGUCUCCGGGCAUACGCAGGCCUCAGCACCAUCGCAACACUCUCCAUGAUCUACCACGCCUUCAGCAGCCGUGGCCAAUUCUACCCCGCAACCGCCUACCUCUCAACCUCCAAGAUCAGUCUCCUCAUCCUCCUCAACAUGGCUCUCGUCCUAAUGCUCACCUUAUGGAACCUAAUCAAACUCGUCUUCCUCGGCUCCCUCCGUGAAGCCGAGGUGGAGCGUCUGAACGAGCAGGCGUGGAGAGAGCUCAUGGAGAUUCUCUUUGCUGUCACUAUUUUCCGACAGGACUUCUCUGUUGGGUUUCUUUACUUGGUUGUGACGCUUUUGUUGAUCAAGGCCUUGCAUUGGAUGGCUCAGAAGAGAGUUGAGUAUAUGGAGACUACUCCUUCUGUGAGUUUGGUGUCUCAUGUUCGGAUUGUUUCUUUCUUGGUUUUUCUGUUGGUGGUGGAUGGUUUGCUUACGUAUAGUUCUGUAAGGGAGUAUAUUGAGACGCCUAAGGCUUCCAUGUCUGUCUUCUUCACGUUUGAGUAUAUGAUUCUGGCGACUACAACUCUUUCUGUUAUUGUGAAGUAUGCCUUCUAUGUGACUGAUCUGGUCAAGGAAGGUCAAUGGGAAGGAAAGCCAGUAUAUACUUUCUAUUUAGAGCUUGUUCGUGACUUGCUUCACUUGUCCAUGUACCUCUGCUUCUUCCUUAUGAUUUUCAUGAACUAUGGACUUCCCUUGCAUCUAAUAAGGGAGCUGUACGAAACAUUCAGAAACUUCAAGAUCCGUGUGACUGAUUACCUCCGCUACCGUAAAAUCGCUUCCAAUAUGAACGAUAGGUUUCCUGAUGCAACUCCUGAAGAACUUAGUUCAAAUGAUGCCACCUGUAUUAUAUGCCGUGAAGAAAUGACCACAGCGAAGAAGUUAGUAUGUGGCCAUCUGUUUCAUGUACAUUGUCUUCGGUCAUGGUUGGAACGACAGAACACGUGUCCCACCUGCAGAGCACUCGUUGUCCCAGCUGAAAAUGCUGCUACAUCAACAGCUUCUGGAGCACACCAAGGAUCCCUGCAGCAGGGAACGGGUACUUCAAGUUCAGAUGGUCAGAGUUCUUCUGUUGCUGCAAGUGAUAAUUUGAGCAGGCAUGAGGCUAGGAUUCGAGCUGCUGCCUCUGCAGCGUCCAUAUAUGGGAGAUCAUUUGUUUAUCCAUCUUCUGAAAACACACUAGUCCGGUCUCAAGGCUAUUCGGUGCUUCCUCAGGCAGAGCUAGAAUCUCAGAAGAGAAGUCUUGAGUCCCAAAUUGAGGUGUUACAAAACCAACUACGGCUUCUAAAGGAGCCUGCAACUACUGUAGAUAUGAAAGGAAAGUCGGUUGUGGAAACUGCAGAGUAAAAACCUCAGAGAAUGUGGGAAAUGGUUUUUGGUAGAAAGGAUUUUUAAAAUGUACAUGUUGGUUGUCUCUUGGAGCUAAGCUACACACGCUCUAACAACACUUGUCUCUUUCUUUUAGCGCUUUUCUUCAACUUCAACUAUUUCUUUACGUUGGAAUGUAUUACCACCUCCCAAAACGUGAUUACGUUUCAAUCGCGCAAAGUUGCUUCUAAAAUUACCAUGAUUACAAUCCUUUUUU